AUGCCAGUUCCACACGUCAUUAGCGGAUCCCUCAAGGAUGCAUGCUUCUUCUUGGGUCCUGGAGAGAAGGAUGGGGCCCUCUACGCCCGACGAAAAGACAAUCGGACGUACGUGCUUUGCCCGGACUCGCCGGAGUUCUGCCCGCGGGUCAUCAACGAUCAGGUCAAUUUGACGAGGCUCCGCGAGCACUCCCAAAAAGUGGGCCUUCCCAAGCGGGAGUUCCCCGUGCUGCAUCUGACCUUCGACGUGUGGUACGGCGUGUACCACAUGUUGGUUAGCGCACUCCCAUCCAUUGCGCCACGGUUGGACAUGCUGCGGAACGGCACCAUGGAGUUGUUCAUCCACGCCGGCCACAAUUUCGUUGGGCAAAUUCUGUCAGUUCUCGGUGUGGAGGGCAACAUCCUCCGACCAACCUCCUUGACAGAGGCGUUCCACUUCUGUGCGCCAGAAAUCCAUUUUGAUCUCUCCACCAGGCCGCAAUACCCGCGCUUCGAGUUCUCCGUGCCGUACUUGGCCGAGUUCCGGAGAAACCUUUUAUCCAUGGACGACUGGAUGGAUGAAUCCAACAGGCCGUGCAGACUGAAGAAUCGAGGUCACAUAGUCGUCCUUUCUCGUGGGCACAGCUCUAGAGCUCUUGGCAACGAGGAUGAAAUGGUCCAGGCUUUGAAGACCUUGGGCAGACAUGUCGAGGUUGUGACUCCCGAUCCGAAGAACUUCUUGCAUACGCUGCAAGCACUGUCGAGAGCGGAGAUCUUGUUGGGCGCGCAUGGUGCCAACAUGGCCAACAUGAUCUUCGCGCCGGAUGGCAUGAAGGUCGUGGAGAUCGUGCCUCAGGUUCCUUUCAAGAUGCAAGACUACCACUUCUGGGACCUCGCUGCAGCCUUGAAUUUCACGUACCUUCCCGUCGGUGACAAGGUCAUGCCGAACGAGUAUGACCACCAGCUAGCGGCGGACCCCAUGACUGAGGACAAGGCUGUCCUUUCGAUGCAUGUGGACAUUGAGGAGGCAGAGUCUCACUUUUGUGGGAGCUUGUAG